AUGACACCCCUCAUUCAAGCAUCAUAUAAUGGUAAUCUCGAAGUUGUUAAAUAUCUCAUCUCUGUUGGAGCUGAUAAAGAAGCAAAGAAUAAUGAUGGUUGGACUCCACUCAUUCAAGCAUCAUUUGAAGGCCAUCUUGAAAUCGUUAAAUAUCUCAUCUCUGUUGGAGCUAAUAAACAAGCAAGAGAUAAUGUUGGAAGGACUUCACUGUAUGUUUCACGUGAAGAAGUGAAAAAUUAUUUAAUAUCUAUUGGUGCCCAAUAA